GCUUAUGUUAAUUGCGUCUUGCAAGGCAACUCUGGUAGUGAUGGUGCUCUUCUUUGUGUUAUUAUUGUAGACAAAGCCAAAAUAAAAUUAAAAAUUGCCAACUAUAUUGCUGUUUGCCCAUUGAAAGUGGAGUGCAAAUCUGGACUUAGUCCAAGAGAAUAAAGACUCUGCAAAUUGUAAUUGGCUAAAAAUCUAAUGCGCGCUGUUGAUUGGCGUCGCUCCAAAUUUACCAAAUUAAUUGUUGAGCCGCAGACGGAGUUGGACAUCAUGGACGACGAAGCUAUUGUUACUGUGGAAAAAGAGUUGGAUCGCGUUGUGAGCAAGUUGGAGCAGCUGCAUGAGAUUGCGUCUGCCGAAAUCGGAGAUGUUGCGUCGCUCAUGUCGGAGUUGGUUAAUGUAUUGGGCAAUGCAGGUCAAAUGCUGGUCACCACGCUCAAUACGGGCACACAAAUGAACGCGCCUGGCACUGGAAGCACUGACGAUCCCAUGGACGACACUGUGAACAUGCAGGUGGAGACAGAACCAGCCGCUCCGCAGCGUCUCACUGAAAGCCAGAUGGAGAUAAUCAGAGAAGCCAUAUCCAAGUGCAAUGUUCGCGUGCAGAAGCUGUCGACAGAGCAUCGCGACUCCCAUGGCUCUGUUUCAAAGAUUGGCAAGGCCAUCGAUCGCAACUUCAGCUCUGACUUCAGCUCGACGAUGCGCGUGGACGCGUUGCAGGACGAGGACAACUUAAUGCUACUAAACAAGGCCAUUGCCAAGCACUACUGCCGCCAAGGCAUGGACGACGUGGCUCGCACACUGAUCAAGGAGUGCAAAAUGAGCGACAGCGAUGCCCAGGAUGUGUUCGACUCGGAGCGUGAGUUUGCCGAGAUAUACAACAUCUGGAAACAGAUCCAAAAGCGAGAUCUUACCGAAGCCCUCGAGUGGGCUGUUCGCCACUCAAGUCAGCUGCUCGAGCGGCACUCGCUCAUCGAGUUCAGGCUGCAUCGCAUGCGAUUCAUGCAGCUGGUCUCCUAUGGCCUGGAGUCCCAGCACGAAGCCAUCCUGUAUGCUCGGAACAAUUUCCAGAAGUUUGCCGUGCGCUACGAGCACGAGAUUGCCAAUUUGAUGGCCAGCUUUAUCUAUCUGCCCGGUGGCCUGGAGAAGACGCCCUACAAGAUCUUCUUGGCCCAGGAAAUGUGGACCGAACUAUCGUUCACAUUCCUCAAGGACGCUUGCCAGCUGCUGGGCAUUAGCAUAAACUCUGCCCUCUCGGUGGUCGUGAACGCGGGCUGCACCGCGCUGCCCGCCCUGCUGAAUAUCAAGCAAGUGAUGCAAUCACGCCAGGUGCUGACCAUGUGGAAUGGCUGCGACGAGUUGCCCAUUGAGAUAGACCUGCAGCCCGAGUUCCGGUUUCAUUCGAUCUUCGCCUGCCCGAUCCUGCGCCAGCAGACCACUGAGGACAAUCCACCGAAGAAGCUGACAUGCGGUCAUGUCAUCUCGAACGACGCCUUGCACAAGCUCAGCAACGGGCACAUUCUGAAGUGUCCCUAUUGCCCGGUCGAACAGAAUGCCGAGGAGGCUGUUCGUAUUUACUUUUAAUUGUAGUACCUAUCUUAUAAAGCAAUUAAUCAUAAUAACAUAUAUACUAUGUAAUUGAAUGUGAGCCUGCCUGUUGGCGCGCUUAGAGCGGUUCGAGCGUGGACACUGAUGCGGUGCACCAGGAAGGACGAAAUGGCGAGUGGCUGACCUGAACCGGGGGACGGAUCACACUGGGUUACUGAUGUUGAAUGUUUGGGCAGCUUUUUCCUUAAAUGUUAUUUGCGAUUGUCAGCUCAUCUAGAAAUGUUCUUUAGCUAAAUUGGUGAGGCGGAUUCGAACUACUUGGAGUCGCGCAACUUGAACGAGAGUAAUAAUCCUAACCAGCCCAUUUAAAACCCAUUAGCUCUUAGUUAUAUACAUACAUAAUAAAUAAACAUUUAUCUCUAA